AUGGAGGCUGCUUCACUCCACAGGGCAGAUCCCGACCUCUAUUCGAAAGAGGCUCCUGGGACAAAACAAUCAGCUCCCAGGGACAAACUUCUGCUGACGUGGAAGAGACCUUAUGGGGUUGGUGCUGGGCUCUGCAAUGUGGGAAACACCUGCUACAUGAACGCUGCACUGCAGUGUCUGACCUACACACCACCCCUUGCCAACUGCAUGCUGUCCCAGGAGCAUUCUCUAACCUGUCGUCGUCAGAAAUUCUGCAUGCUCUGCACUAUGCAAGAUCAUAUUACAAGGGCACUGCAGCAUCCUGGAAAUGUUUUUAAGCCCUCACAUGCACUGGCUGCUGGCUUCCAUAGAUACAAGCAGGAAGAUGCCCAUGAGUUUCUAAUGUUCACUGUGGCUGCCAUGAAGAAAGCUUGUCUGUCUGGGCAGAAGCCCUUAGAUGGUCACUCUGAGGACACAACCCUAAUCCAUAAAAUAUUUGGAGGAUACUGGAGGUCUCAAAUCAAGUGUCUCCAUUGCCAUGGCAUUUCAGACACCUUUGACCCUUACAUGGACAUUGCCCUGGAUAUCGAAGCAGCUCCGAGUGUGAGCCAAGCUUUGCAACAUUUGGUGAAGCCCGAACACCUGGAUGGAGAGAAUGCCUAUCAUUGCGGUAGUUGUCUAAAGAAGGUACCUGCUUCCAAGUCCUUGAAUUUGCACACUGCUUCCAAGGUCCUGAUCCUUGUAUUGAAAAGGUUCUCAGAUAUCACAGGCAACAAAAUUGCAAAAGAAGUGCAAUAUCCCGAGUGUCUUGACAUGCGACCAUACAUGUCUCAGCAGAAAGGAGGACCCCUUCUUUACCUCCUCUAUGCUGUGCUGGUCCACGCUGGGAGGAGCUGUGAAAGUGGACAUUACUUCUGCUACGUAAAAGCUGGGAAUGGCCAGUGGUGGAAAAUGGAUGAUGCUAAGGUAAUCGCCUGUGACAUUUCUUCUGUCCUGAGUCAGCAGGCCUACAUCCUCUUUUACAUCCAGAAGAGUGAAUUGGAAAGGGACGGUGGGCGUGCAUCAAUAGAAGAGAAACCAAGAGCCCUUGGGGCUGAAGACACAGAUAUUGGAGCAACCCAAGGGGAGCUCAACAGGGUCUCCUGCAUCAAGGUUCCUGAGUUGGAGGUGCACUUCGGGAAAACAACUAGAGAACUCUCCUUACAUUGGAGGCGAUGCCUCCAGGAACAAAACCUACCAGAGCCUGAAUUCAACUUCAGAAAAAUAGAAUCUACCCUGCCUUCCAAUGGAGUCAUGUGUCAUCAAUUGAAGUCCAGGAGCGAGAUGAAAAAGAAUCAUGCUGAGCAGGACAACUACCUGCUGCACAAACCAGUCAGGGACAUGACAGACCAGCCCUGCUCCAGGCCAGCCCAUCAGGAUGGCCUUCAGGAGACUGGACAGUGGAUGCUGAGCUCCAGGCUUCUGCUGGCUCCCUCCUGCCUCCCUCCUGAGAAGCCAGGCCCUCCCGCUCAGAGCCCUCAAGUCCCAGAGAAGUCUGAGGGUCACUGUGCCCAGGUCCCACUGAGUGUGCUGUAUGAGGACCUUCGGCUUUCCUCAUCCUCUGAGGACAGUGACUUGGAGUGA